AUGAGAGGAGUGGAUUUUCUGCACAACAUUCGAAUAGCACAUCGAGAUCUUAAGCCAGACAACUUAAUAAUCAAUAGUUAUGGUUUACUAAAGAUCACCGACUUUGGUAUGGCUACGAAAUUAGAGGUGACCCACACUAACGAAGAAGUUCCAUUGGAUCGGAUGUGUGGCACUCGUGAUUAUAUGUCACCGCAAAUGUUCAAAAAGAAAUACCUAGGCACCAAAAAUGAUAUAUGGGCGUCAGGGAUCAUUUUGCUUCUCAUGCUUGCUGGAAGACGAUCAUGGAGGCGGGCGAGAAGAAGCGAUCCGCAUUUCGCAUUAUGGAUGGAGAGGAGUUUGCCACGCCCAUUCAAUCAUCUGACACCUGCAACGCUAGAUAUCCUGGAAUACGUGUUAGAUGUGCAUGAGAAAACACGCCCAACAAGUGGUGAAAUUCUCGAUCAUUCAUGGCUAGCAUUAUGA